GAGGGCGGCUGGGACGGCGGAGAGGGAAGCGAGCGGAUCGCUGCGCGCCCUCCCGCUCCCUGCCGCCUGCCGAGGCGAAGGCAGGGCGCAGGCGGCGGCGGGCGGCAUGGAGAGCCUGCUGGAGAAUCCGGUGCGUGCCGUGCUCUAUCUUAAGGAGCUCACGGCCAUCGUGCAGAACCAGCAGAGCCUCAUCCACACCCAGCGCCAGCGUAUUGAUGAGCUGGAGCGGCGUCUGGAUGAGCUAAGCGCCGAGAACCGCAGCCUGUGGGAACACCAGCAGCUGCUGCAAGCUCAGCCUCCGCCCGGGCUCGUUCCUCCGUCCCCAGCCCCGCUGCCCGCUAUCCCAGUCACCGCCGCCACCGCCACUGCUGUCGCCCAGGAACAGCUCCAGAACCACGGACAGCUCCCGCCCACCUCGCCACAGACUGUACCGGAGCAGCCACCGGUUCAGCACCACGGACAGUUCCUGGUGCAUCCCUCACCGGGCCACAGCAGCAGGGCGCAAGCACCCCAGUCGCCCCACCAGCAGACAGGGGCGCCAGGGGCCGUCGCCAACAAGGAGAAGGAGCGUCCCCCGAGUUGUUGCGCUGCCGCUGGAACCCUCCUUCAGCACAAAUCCCCCGCUGCUCUCGGCAAGGGCGUCCUGAGCAGGAGACCUGAGAAUGAGACCGUGCUGCACCAGUUCUGCUGCCCAGCCGCCGAUGCCGAGCAGAAGCCCUCCUGCGCAGACCCGGCCUCCCAAAGUGACGGCUCCUGUGCCCAGGCCAGUGGGGGCAUGGAGGACUCCGUGGUGGCAGCCGGCAGACCCAGUGCCCAUGCCCCGAAGGCUCAAGCCCAGGAGCUGCAGGAGGAGGAGGAGAGGCCAGGGGCGGGGGGUGCCUCCCCAAGGGCUGGCCCCCACCGCGGGGCCUCCCCUGGCCGGCAGCAGCCUGCCCUGGCGACAGCGCUCUGCUCCCACGCCCCUGCUGCCUCCGAUUACGAACUCUCCCUUGACCUAAAGAAUAAACAGAUUGAAAUGCUAGAACACAAAUACGGGGGCCACCUGGUAUCCCGGCGCGCCGCUUGCACCAUCCAAACCGCCUUCCGCCAGUACCAGCUCAGCAAGAACUUUGAGAAGAUCCGCAACUCGCUCCUGGAGAGCCGCCUGCCGCGUCGGAUCUCCCUGCGCAAGGUGCGCGCCCCCACCGCGGAGAGCUUGGCGGCCGAGAAGGCGCUCAUGGAGGGCUACGGCCUCCUGGGGCUGCCGCUGGUGCGCUCGCCCUCCCUGCCGCCCACCUUCGCGGGCACGCUCACCGAGCUGGAGGACUCCUUCACCGAGCAGGUGCAGUCCCUGGCCAAGUCAAUCGACGACGCCCUCAGCACCUGGAGCCUCAAAACCAUGUGCUCCCUGCAGGAGAGCGGCGCCUACCAGAUCCACCAAGCCCUGCACGCGGGCGCGGGGCAGCCCAGCCGGGAGGUGGAGAUCCGGGAGCAGGAGAGCGCCGGCCCAGGGCCCGAGGAAGAGGCCGCCGAGGCCGCGGGCCUGCCCCAGGGCCACAGCAGCACCCUGAUGAUGGCUUUCCGGGACGUCACGGUGCAGAUCGCCAACCAGAACAUCUCCGUCUCCUCCUCCACCUCGCUGUCAGUAGCCAACUGCCUGGGCGCACAGACUUCCCCGGCCCCAGCGGAGUCCCUGCGCGGCCAAGCCGAGCCGGGCGAGGCCCGGGGUCAGGAGGCUCCGGUGACCCCAGCCGCGGGCCAGGGAGACGCGCCCGCCGAGACCACAUGCGCAGAAGCGGGAGUUGGGGAGACCCUGCGCGCCAACUCGCCUAAGGCAGAGGAUGGGGCGGCGGAUGCGAUGGUGGAGGAGGCCCCAGCCGCGCAGGUAGAGGAGAGAGAGGAGGAGGAGACCGGGAAGGUGGGGAAAGGGGCCGGGGCCGAGGCCGAGACGGAGGCCGGCGACAACUCGGAGCAGCUGAGCAGCAGCAGCACGUCCGCCAAGUCGGGCUCGGAAGUCUCGGCGGCGUCGGCCUCCAAGGAGGCCCUGCAGGCCAUGAUCCUGAGCCUGCCGCGCUACCACUGCGAGAACCCUGCCAGCUGCAAGUCACCCACGCUCUCCACUGACACCCUGCGCAAACGCCUCUACCGCAUCGGCCUCAACCUCUUCAACAUAAACCCGGACAAGGGCAUCCAGUUCCUGAUCUCACGUGGCUUCAUCCCUGAUACCCCCAUCGGAGUGGCCCAUUUCCUGCUCCAGCGUAAAGGCCUCAGCCGGCAAAUGAUUGGAGAGUUCCUGGGCAACAACAAGAAGCAGUUCAACCACGAUGUGCUAGACUGCGUGGUGGAUGAGAUGGACUUCUCGGGCAUGGAGCUGGACGAGGCCCUGCGCAAGUUCCAGGCGCACAUCCGAGUGCAGGGGGAGGCCCAGAAGGUGGAGCGGCUGAUAGAGGCCUUCAGCCAGCGCUACUGCAUGUGCAACCCUGAGGUGGUGCAGCAAUUCCACAACCCUGACACCAUCUUCAUCCUGGCCUUCGCCAUCAUCCUCCUCAACACCGACAUGUACAGCCCCAACAUUAAGCCUGACCGGAAGAUGAUGCUGGAGGAUUUCAUCCGAAACCUUCGAGGUGUGGAUGAUGGCGCAGACAUCCCCAGGGAGCUGGUGGUGGGCAUCUAUGAAAGGAUACAGCAGAAAGAGCUCAAGUCUAAUGAGGACCAUGUCACGUAUGUCACCAAGGUGGAGAAGUCCAUCGUGGGCAUGAAGACAGUGCUGUCAGUGCCCCAUCGCCGCCUGGUCUGCUGCAGCCGGCUCUUUGAGGUGACAGACGUGAACAAGCUGCAGAAGCAGGCCGCACAUCAGAGGGAGGUGUUCCUCUUCAACGACCUGCUGGUGAUCCUCAAGCUCUGCCCAAAGAAGAAGAGCUCCUCCACAUACACCUUCUGCAAGUCGGUGGGCCUGCUGGGCAUGCAGUUCCACCUCUUUGAGAAUGAGUAUUACUCUCAUGGCAUCACCCUGGCGACCCCGCUCUCGGGCUCUGAGAAGAAGCAGGUGCUGCAUUUCUGUGCCCUGGGCUCAGAUGAGAUGCAGAAGUUUGUGGAGGACCUGAAGGAGUCCAUUGCGGAGGUGACGGAACUGGAGCAGAUCCGGAGAGAGUGGGAGCUGGAGAAGCAGCAGGGAGCAAAGACACGCUCCUUCAAGUCUGGAGGAGCCCAGGUGGAUCCGCAGUUGAAGCAGGGAUCGCCUACAGCCAAAAGGGAAGCUGCGCUGGGCGAGAGGCCUUCGGAGAGCACGGUGGAGGUGUCAAUUCACAACAGGCUUCAAACGUCCCAACACAACUCCGGGCUGGGGGCCCAGAGGAGAGCUGCGGUGCCACCGCCAGACCCGCAGCCUAGCCCCCUGAGAGAGCAGCCCCCGCCGUUGCCGCCAUCACCACCCACGCCCCCAGGGACCCUGGUGCAGUGUCAGCAAAUUGUCAAGGUCAUUGUCCUGGACAAGCCCUGCUUGGCCCGCAUGGAGCCCCUGCUAAGCCAGGCUCUCUCCAGCUACGCCUCUUCCUCCUCUGACUCCUGCGGCUCCACACCCCUGGGCGGCCCGGGCUCCCCGGUCAAGGUCAUCCACCAGCCCCCGCUGCCCCCACCCCCGCCCCCCUACAACCACCCUCACCAGUACUGCCCGCCAGGCUCCUUGCUGCACCGGCGCCGCUACUCCAGCGGCUCCAGGAGCCUGGUGUAGACUGUUUCCCACACUGCUGCCCCAGGGGGCUGCCACCAGGGUCCCUGGGCUGUACCCAGGAGCCCCGGCCGCCCCUUCACUGCUCCCCACACCCUGGCACGCUGUGUUCCUGGUCACCAUCACCAUUGUUUUGGAAAAGAACCUCGAUCCCUGGCACCUGGGUUUGCCUCACCCGACAUGCUUCCCGUACUCAGCUGAACACCCGCCCCCCUCCCCCCCUUCAAUCUGGAGACUCCACCACACUCCCCUGGGUCCUGCACAGCUGCAUGGCCAGGCCUCCUCCUCCUGCCACCACUUACCGCGUGGACCAUGGACUUCGGAGGACAAGAACUGAGGGCCUACCCAGCUUCUGGGUCCUGAGUCUGAGUCUGUUGGGCCCUGGGCCGCAGGCUGGGAGGGGGGUGCAAGGGGAGCCAGCACCCAGCACCAGACAGAAAGUGGCCUGGCUCCCUGCUCAGCUCUAGGUGCUGCACUGGGUGGAGGAGAGUUGGCCCUGGAUCCCUGAAGGGACCAGGGAAGUGGGAGUGUGAGGAGGGGUCUUUUUCUGCUGCACCGGCCCCGCCCCCCACAACUGGCAGACGCAGGAGGUCAGUCUGUCCCCAAGGAUGUUGGUUGUCCUGACCACGUCCUCCCCCUCCUCCCAGGGCCUGCCCUUCCUCUGGAGCUGGGCACUGCCUGCCCAGGGCUGCGCAGACUCCAGGAAAGCUUUGAGAGAGGGAGGGAGGAGGGGGACCCGUCUCAGCUCUCUCUAGGUCAAUUCAACCAGCUGUGGAACCGUGAGGUCAUUCAUCUAAAAUGAAUCUUUUUAGGGUUUUAGUUCCCCAGCCCCAAAUAACACCCGGCCAACGCGAAUGUGCCCCGGGACCUGGAAUAAGGGGGCCUGGGAGUAGAGUGGUUAGUUCCCUCCCCUGUGGCAGUGGAGACAGGGAGGAGGGGCAGUGGUUUGCCCAGGGGCAAAUGCAGCCAGAGGAGGUGGUCGGAGAGGCCCGGCUCCCUCUUGCAUGGUUUCCGUGGCCUCCGCGAGGGAUUUGGAUGCAGAAGUGGGCGGGAGAAGCAGGUGCUCCACAGGCACGUGCCUUCCCCCUGCUGCCAUCCCAAACUUGCCCCUCAGCCUUUAAACCUCCCGCCUCUCCACCUCCCCCAAGAAGUGGCCCGCCUCCUGCAGGGGGCACUGAGUCCCUGCCCCCUCAAAAUUGCAAAGAGCCCAAAGUGG